AUGCAUCGUUACUUCAACCAGGUCCGUACUCUCGCGAUCAGGACCAUACUGCUGGCAUACACGACACACAAGAAGAGUGUGCAGCUGCCACUAGGGGAGCUGGUGCGUGCGCUUGCGUUCGGCGGGGCGGCGGAGGCGCGCGCGUUCUGCGAACACUUCGGCCUCGACGUCGGAGACGAGAUGGUGCUGCUGCACCGCGCCGCGUUCAUGACACCAGAGGGCGCUCUGCCGCCGCGCCGCUCCGCCAUCAUCGAGGAGAAACGCCUCAUCUCGGUCGGGGAGGUCGUUAAUGGCGGCCCGCUGCCGCCGAUCACCGCUCACGUGCCGGCGUCAAGCUUCGACGUGAAUGGUCGAUACAGGACGACAUUGCCCGUCGCCAUGACGACGCGCCCGCCUCCAGUCGAGGAUGCGUUGCCGGGGGCGACGGCGACCGGGAGCACGCUGGAGUCGUCUGCUUCCGUGGCGGCGGACACGGAAACAAGGUUGCUGGCCGCGUCCAUACCAAGCAACGCAAUCAAAGAGUUUGCACGUGAACUCUGUCUGGAGGUCAUCCAAGAUAUGUGUCGCGACGUCGCCGUGGCAACGGUUGUCAACACGAAGGCGAUCAUCAGCAGCGUGUUCGGCAUCGUGAGCAGCGUGCUGGAAGAGGUGGUUGCCACGGAGAUACGGUUGCAUGGAGGUCAUCCUCCAUCUUGUCCUAUUCCCUCGCACUGCUUCUAUCCAGAGUUUCCGCCGGUAGACUGGAAUUCCGAGGAGCGUCUCGCUGACAUAGAGGGCGCUGUGAGUGCGCUGUGGCUGCCGGCCGUCGUCGCGGAGCCGUGUGAUUCGUGGACGGCGGCGUGUGACGCGGUGUGGAGCUACGUCGGCAUGGUGACGGGGGCCGACGGUGACGAUGACAACGAUGAGGCCAGCAUCACGCUGAUAUCAAGGUUACAUUUGCAUGAGCGCAGAACACUCGCGAGCGUGGAUGAGCCGUUAGCGCAUGAGCUGCGGCCUACUCGCGUCCUCACGCUCACCAUGACCUACCUGGUGCGCCACCUCAUGCACCGCGGCGUCGACGGCCACACAGAGUGGUACGACUUCCUCUGGAACCGAACCCGCGGAAUCAGGAAGGACAUCACGCAGCAGGACCUGUGCAGCGUCGAGAGCGCCGCCUUGGUGGAGAAGUGCGCGCGCUUCCACAUCCACUGCGCGGCGCGGCUCUGCGAGGAGGAGAUGAUGACCUUUGACCCGAAGAUCAACGACGAGAACCUGACGAAGACGCUGCAGACGCUCAAGCAGAUGUACGACGACCUCGAGAGCGACGGGAAGACGCGUUGCGCCGGAGAGGCGGAGUUCCGCGCGUACGACAUCCUGCUCAACCUGAACGAGGGCGACAAGCUGAGGCAGGUGUCGCACUAUCGCACGGAGCUCAGGAUGUCAGAUGAGGUGAAGUUUGCUGUGAAGGCGUUCUCUGCUCUCAACAGCAACAAUCUGCGUCUGCUCAACCUGGCGCUGGAGCAGGAGAGAAGGAAGCUCGAUGCCAGGGAGCUGCGGCUGAGGGAGGAGGCGGAGGCAGACACGAGGGAGAAGGUCGCGGAGGACGUGCGGGAGGAGAUCGAGGCGUCGGUCGUCGCGGAGGAGGUCGCGGGAGUCGCCGUCGACGAGAUGAGGGAGGUGGCGCUGUUGUUGCAGGAGCAGCAGCGCUCUCUGGUGGCUGCAGUGCUUACCUCUGAACUGCUUGACGACAUGGUGACGACGGAAUGUGGCGCCACCUGCCGGGACGUUUACGCGACCGACGUUGAGGAUGUUCAGUUGUUUCUUGCCGAGCAGAAACGAAAAGUCGAGCGGCUGCGUCUGGCGCGAUACUUCCGCAAGUGGGUGAACGCCUACGCAGGGCGUCUGCGUCUGCGCGGCUCGAUGCUCGCCUUCCCCAGCGCGCCGCCGAUGGUCUCCGCCGCACAGCAGUUCGCUCGCCUGCACCCAGGGGGCGCCACGAAGCGUGCGCGGGUCGGCGAGGAGUCGCCGCUGGUGCUGGAGCGUAGGCAGAAGUACGCGUCGCAGGCUCUCAGCCUUCACGGGUACAUCCAUCUACUACAGCAGGAGUUGGCAUGGAAACCGUUGAACAUACCACACCUCAUCGCACCACACCUCACGAAGCGACGCUCGCGCUGGCUGCAUCUACUACUGGAAGGUGGCGACAUUGAGCUGUACUCGUGGACGUCGAACAAUGGCAGGCGGCGAUUGGAGUUUGCGUCACAGCAGUCGACGGUGACGACCCGGUGGCACUUGGUCCUGUACUCGGUGGACGUCGAACAAAAUGCAAGGCGGCGAUUGGGUUGUGCGUCCAUGCUGUCGAUGUCGGGACGGAAGUAUCUUACUGGGCCUGAAUCUGAACGCAUAUGGGUGACUGCGUCUGAGAUAACAACAACGUGCUUCCGCCGGGACCUCAUGUAUGAUUACCUUUCUUACAGGAGUUUUGCGCCGAUGCCAGAGCGAGCUAUCGGCUUGCCUCCUGGAAAGCAAACUUGGCGGCCACCGCUCACCGCUGCCGUGGUGAGUCUCGCACUCGAGCUGGGGCCGCUGGUGCGAUGGACAGCGGGUUACCACGGGACGUUGAGGGCUCGUGAUCGCAGCGCGGUCGUCUGCUGCCGGCCUGGGGCUCUUGAUGCGUUUCGCCCGCCGGUGACGUGGACCGAGGCUUCCUGCAGGCAGUACCGAGCAGACGCCGUCACCCUGAACGACACGGUCGCCACGGCAACGCAGACGCACCGCGAGGAGCGUGUCGACGCGAGCGCACUGCAGCCGGCGCCCCCUGGCAGCACAGCCAGGAAGGUCGACGUAACGUUCCGCGACAAGGAUCCGCUGCGGACGGUCGCCAUGACGACGCGCGACCGGCUCGCCGCGCGUCUGUCGAGCGAGAAGAGCGAAUCGGACGCCUUCGAGAAAUACCUCGCGUCGGCGCUCAACGCGAGCGCAGAGGGCGCCGGCAUCGCGUCGCCCGACUACGGCGCGGAGACGCCUCCUGGUGGCGGGGAGGUGAAGCGAUCGUCGUCGUCUGCUCUCGCGACGCCAGCGCGGGGCAAGUCGCCUCGUCUGUCCUCCUCGGGAGCGGACGCGUCUCCGCGCGAUGCUGCCGCGCGUGGCGCCAUCUAUGGUGGUGACCUGAACAGCAGCAUCGGCGAGCUGCGGGAGAGCGUGAUCCUGAGCAAGGCGGAGAGCGUGCGGGACGAGCUGAAGCUGAGGAUGCUGCUGUGAGCCUGCGGGAGAGCGUGAUCCUGAGCAAGGUGGAGAGCGUGCGG